UGUUUAUUGCACACCUCCUGUCAGUCUGUGUUCAGAUGAGGAAUAAAGAUGUUAGAAAAAUAUGUGAGAAUCAGUAAGACAUCAUGAGGAUCAGCUGGUUUUAGAAAGAUUUUCCCCCAGUUUUAACUGCAUGUUGUUUUUGUGUUUUCUAGGAGUGUGAUUAAUUCCAGCAGAAGAGAUCAGCGUCUUCAGGAGCAUUGAAAAAUGGAGAUCCCUGAUCAGGGGACAGAUCAUGUGACCUCACCCUCAAAAGACUGGUCUGGAGAUUUACCAGGUACAUCAUCAGAGCAUUUUGAGAGGACAACUGAGAAACUUGUACAGAUUAGAUCAACAUCUACACAAAGCCCUAACCCUGUACAGGGGCACUCAGGGGAAACAGACGUGUUUACUCCUGAAUUAGGUAAAGACCACCAUGAGGACUGGAACAGUGGAUACAGGUUUCAUUGUUCUCGUGCUGGGCAGUUUCAGUGUAAAUACACCAACCUUGUGUUUGAGAUGAAGGAGAAAGCUGAAUUGUUGUACAGUAUAGUGUCCUGGGGCAGUGUUCAGUUAGACGGCAUGGGACAGAUGCAGCCUGCAGGACCCCUGUACAACAUCCACUGCUCCGAGGGGUCAAUUAAACUGCACCUCCCUCACUGUGAGAUAAAUUCUGAUAAAAAUCAGACUGAACUGUCUGUAGCACAUUUCUCUGAUGGGAAUGUGGAGAUCAUUCAGCCUCUGAAAGUAACAGAGACACAUGUGAUCAUAGACAUAAAAAAUCUCUCACUCUACGGACUCCUAAUAAAAAUAUUUUUUGAGGACAAACCGAUCAAGGCGCAGGUCCUUCUCUUCUACAAAGAAAUCCCUGGAAGGACAAAGAAGAGAAAGCUGCACAUGCACUUAUUACCCCAUAAUGUUCCAGUUAUAGAGGUGCAGAAUCAAUUUCAGCACAACAUGUACAUUGAGAGCAGUUCCACUUGUCAGCUGGUCCCUAGAAAACCAUACAGGCCACGCUGUGAGCAUUAUAAAUGUCAGCCGCAGACUGAGAUAUUUGAGCUUGACUCUGCCCCCAACUAUCACCCCACAUUUGAGGUGAUACUUUCUGAUGAAGCUGAAGAACUCACACUGGGACUUUUGGAUGAACAUGACCAGGAGGUGUGGGCGUCUCGCCAGGUCUUUCUUACAGGUUACACGAGCCAAGAAGCCAAUUCACCCCAAAUGGUGAAAACAGCUGCUGACUUUGUGGAUAAAUAAAAACCCAAUUUAAUACAGAAAGUUUCUUCAGUAAUGGAGAUUGCAGAUGGUCUCCUAUCCAAGAAAAUGAUUAAUGGUGAAAUAUACAGUACAAUCAGUGCAGCAGCUACAUCACAUGAGAAAAUGAGAAUCUUGUACACCAACUGCCUCACCAUCAGAGCUGUGAAAGAAGAAUUUUAUACAAUUCUAAAGAAGAAAAUUCCUCACUUAGUAGAUGAGCUGGAGAAUGGGUCAAGCAAUGCUUAGAGGAACCUCAAAGAGAAAGUGGUAGCUCAGAUGUUAAGGUUCUAGCUCACCCAGUAUCACCAAGUUGCCACUUUUGGGGCAUUAAACAUCUGUGCUCCAGUGGCGCUGUCUCAUGGCUUUUCAACAUCACUGGGAUAUGCGAAGAAAGAAUUUACAUGUGCUGUAAUGUACAGGUGACUAAUAAAAAAUCUCUUCUAAAGAAAAGAUUUUAAACAAAUGACCUCAGAAAUUUAUAGUGUAUUUAUAGUAUAGUGUUAAUUCAUGGCUGUUUUUUAGUCUGACUCAUACAAGACCUCAUAUUUUUUAAACAAAUUUAGAACACUGUGAAUUGAACAUACAUGUACUAAAGAUGAAUAAAUGAAUGCUUUAAAUGCAUUACUCAGUGCUCCAAACAUAUAAAGUUCAUUCAUUGCUUCAUCCUUUAUAAGUGAUUUAUCUUUAUAAUGGUCACAGUGAAUCCAGAAACUGUUCAUGGUCAAAUCUGUGAAUGUGAACUUUACUGGUCCUGUGAGGUUCAUAACAUUAAUAUCUGCAUCUGUUUUUCCUCCUGAAUGUACAAAGCACAUCCAGUGAGUGGAGGAUUUACAGACUGAAACAUCUGACAGGAAGUUUAUACUGUAGUAACUCAUAUAUUCACUCUUUACAACUAUGCUGAGCAGAAGGUGGAUUACAAAAAAAUCUGGUCUGAUCUUCAUCACUUCAGAUAUGAUUACUGUGUCCGUGAUAGACUUAGACUCCUGUUCUUGGCUGACAGUUGAAGAACCUGAUGUGUUUUUUUUUGCUGUAGUUACAUGCAAAACGAGCUAGCUAUUCUAAGGUAAAAUGUUAUGAGUUAUUCUAGACUUCCUGUCAGCUCCUGUUUCUCCCCACAGAACUGUCGCUCACUCAGUGUUUUUUGUUUUAAUGCACCACUCUAUGUAUCUCUACAGUCUCCAGCAAGAGAUCAGCAGUUUCUGAAAAACUCAAGUCCAUAGAAGUUGUUGAUGUGUGUGUGUGUUUCGUAGAGUAUGUUCUUUUCACUACCCGGGUAGGUUUACCUAUGUUCUUAUCUGUAUCACAAAUGAAGGCACAGGAUGAUGCUGGUCCAAAGAUGCCACGGCUGGCCACACCGGGCUCUUGAUCCGUUCACUUCUGCGGGUUGGCUCGCCACUGACCGCUAGGGUCAGAUUCAGAUGGUCUAUCCCUAUUUAAAAAAACAAUCUAUACAUACAGUAC